CAGCUAGCAGCUAGUAAGCCAGUGAGCGCGCGGAGGCGAGAGAGGAGCGCCUGCCGCGCAGAGUGGCCGUGGUCUGGUGCUGGGGGAACACUGUGCUGAGUGAGGCCGGAUCUGCAGCCCACUUCCAGGGAGCUCUCCUCCGGUUGGCUCACGCUCAGGAGCUCGACGCGUGGGAUCAGAUACUAGACUCCGGGAUGCUGCACUCCAGGUCCCCGAGGCGUGGCACUGUCUCGGGCAUCAACCGGAGGGAGCAUGCUGUUGGGCUGAGAGCUGCUGGGAGGCACCAUGUCUCCCUCAAGGUUGUGCUGGCCAUGGGCUGGCUCCUCCUGGUUGACUUCUCAGCGGCCACUUCUGCAGUGGCAGCUGAAUGUCCUGACCAGAAUCCUGAACUGCAGCCUUGGACCCCUGGCCAUGACCGAGACCAUCAAGUACAUAUUGGUCAGGGCAGGAGUCUACUGCUCACCUCUUCUGCCACGGUCCACUCCAUCACCAUCUCACAGGGAGGCAAACUUGUCAUUAAAGACCACCAUGAGCACAUCGUGCUGCGUGCCCGGCACAUUCUGAUUGAUUACGGUGGAGAGCUGCAUGCUGGGAGUGCCCUUUGCCCUUUUGAGGGCAAUUUCAGUAUUGUGCUGUAUGGAAGAGCUGAUGAAGGCAUCCAGCCAGACCCUUACUAUGGCCUGAAGUACAUUGGAGUGGGCAGAGGAGGCACUCUUGAGUUGCAUGGACAGAAAAAGCUCUCCUGGACAUUUCUAAACAAGACCCUUCGUCCUGGUGGCAUGCAGGAGGGAGGAUAUUUUUUUGAAAGGAGCUGGGGCCACCGUGGAGUCAUUGUUCAUGUCAUUGACCCCAAAUCGGGCACAGUCGUCCAUUCUGAUCGGUUUGACACUUACAGAACCAAAAAAGAAAGUGAACGUCUGGUCCAGUAUUUGAAUGCAGUGCCUGAUGGCAGGAUCCUUUCUGUCGCAGUGAAUGAUGAAGGCUCUAGAAACCUGGAUGACACAGCUCGGAAGGCAAUGACCAAACUGGGCAGCAAGCACUUCCUACACCUUGGAUUUAGACACCCUUGGAGCUUCAUCACUGUGAAAGGAAAUCCCUCCUCUUCGGUUGAAGACCACAUUGAAUACCAUGGUCACAGAGGUUCGGCUGCUGCCAGGGUUUUCAAGCUGUUCCAGACAGAGCAUGGAGAACAUUUCAAUGUUUCUUCAACCAGCGAAUGGGUUCAAGAUGUGGAAUGGACGGAGUGGUUCAACCAUGAUAAGGUGCCUCAGAGCAAAGGUGGGGAGAAAAUUUCAGAUCUCCGAGCAGCUUACCCAGGAAAAAUCUGCAAUCGACCCAUUGACAUACAGGCCACAACAAUGGAUGGAGUUGCCCUCAACACUGAGGUUGUCUACAAAAAUGGCCAAGAUUACAGGUUUGCUUGCUACACUCGGGGCCGAGCCUGCCGCAGCUACCGAGUACGAUUCCUAUGUGGAAAACCUGUGAGGCCCAAGCUCACGGUCAGCAUCGACACCAACGUAAACAGCACCAUCCUGAGCCUGGCGGACAAUGUGCAGUCCUGGAGACCUGGAGACACCCUGGUCGUCGCCAGCACUGAUUACUCCAUGUACCAGGCAGAAGAGUUCCAAGUGCUCACCUGCAAAGCUUGUUCCUCUACGCAGGUCAGGGUGGCAGGUAGGCACCUUACUUCUGCCCAGGCUAUCAAGGAUGUUGUGGGCUACAAUUCUUUGGGCCACUGCUUCUUCACUGAAGAUGGACCAGAGGAACGCAACACUUUUGACCACUGCCUUGGCCUCCUUGUUAAGUCAGGGACUCUCCUCCCGUCAGACCGGGACAGCAGGAUGUGCAAAGUGAUCACAGAGGAUUCAUACCCAGGGUACAUUCCUAAGCCCAGGCAGGACUGCAAUGCUGUGUCCACUUUCUGGAUGGCAAAUCCCAACAACAACCUCAUUAACUGUGCAGCUGCGGGGUCCGAGAUGAUUAGUGCCUGGAAAAAACUACUUUCUUCCCAUGGGUCCAGAGCAGCCUUCCAAGCCCUGCAGGUUACUGACCGAUCACCACAAGUCUUCUUUUGGGGGCCUGCCUUGUCAUUCACAGCAUCUACCCAAGCAAAGGAGCAAGGUGUGCCUUCCCACCAGCUUCCCCUCCUGGUGGAUGCUCGGUUGGACAUCCGGAUUGAUUUUGUGAUCCAUUUUGGACAGCUUGGCUGGUAUGUGAAGAUGGCUGUGGGCAACAGUGGUAGCCAUUGUAUCCUUUCCUCCCAGGCUGGCAUGAUCAUAGACAAUGGAGUCAAGACUACUGAGGCCUCAGCCAAGGACAAGCGGCCCUUCCUCUCCAUCAUCUCUGCCAGGUACAGCCCGCACCAGGACGCAGACCCUCUGAAACCCCGGGAGCCAGCCAUCAUCCGCCAUUUCACCGCCUACAAGAACCAGGAUCAUGGAGCCUGGCUGCGUGGUGGGGAUGUGUGGCUGGACAGCUGCCGGUUUGCUGAUAAUGGCAUCGGCCUGACCUUGGCCAGUGGUGGAACCUUCCCAUAUGAUGAUGGCUCCAAGCAGGAGAUAAAGAACAGCUUGUUUGUUGGUGAGAGUGGCAACGUGGGCACAGAGAUGAUGGACAACAGGAUCUGGGGCCCAGGUGGCUUGGACCACAGCGGAAGAACCCUCCCUAUAGGCCAGAAUUUUCCGAUUAGAGGAAUUCAGUUCUAUGAUGGCCCCAUCAACAUCCAAAACUGCACCUUCCGCAAGUUCGUGGCCCUCGAGGGCCGGCACACUAGUGCCUUGGCCUUCCGCCUAAACAAUGCCUGGCAAAGCUGCCCUCACAACAAUGUGACCAACAUUGCCUUUGAGGAUGUCCCGAUUACUUCCAGAGUGUUCUUCGGAGAGCCUGGGCCCUGGUUCAACCAGCUGGACAUGGAUGGGGACAAGACAUCUGUGUUCCACGAUGUCGAUGGCUCUGUGUCGGAGUACCCUGGCUCCUACCUCACUAAGGAUGACAACUGGCUGGUUCGACACCCAGACUGCAUCAAUGUCCCAGACUGGAGAGGGGCCAUCUGCAGUGGGCGCUAUGCACAGAUGUACAUCCAGGCCUACAAAAGCAGCAACCUGCGCAUGAAGAUCAUCAAGAACGACUUCCCUAGCCAUCCCCUCUACCUGGAGGGGGCCCUCACCAGGAGCACCCACUACCAGCAGUAUCAGCCUGUCAUCACCCUGCAGAAGGGGUAUACCAUCCACUGGGACCAGACAGCCCCGGCUGAGCUUGCCAUCUGGCUCAUCAACUUCAACAAGGGCGACUGGAUCCGAGUGGGGCUCUGCUACCCAAGAGGCACCACCUUUUCCAUCCUUUCAGAUGUUCACAAUCGCCUGCUAAAGCAAACUUCCAAGACCGGGACCUUUGUGAGGACCCUGCAGAUGGACAAGGUGGAACAGAGCUAUCCUGGCAGGAGCCACUACUACUGGGAUGAGGAUUCUGGGUUGCUCUUCCUGAAGCUAAAAGCCCAGAACGAAAGGGAGAAAUUUGCCUUCUGCUCCAUGAAGGGCUGCGAGAGAAUCAAGAUUAAAGCCCUGAUUCCAAGGAAUGCGGGCAUCAGCGACUGCACAGCCACUGCUUACCCCAGGUUCACCGAGAGGGCCGUGGUGGAUGUGCCGAUGCCCAAGAAGCUCGUCGGAACUCAGCUGAAGACAAAGGACCACUUCCUGGAAGUAAAGAUGGAAAGUUCCAGGCAGCACUACUUCCACCUUCGGAAUGACUUGGCUUAUAUUGAAGUGGAUGGGAGGAAGUACCCUUGCUCAGAAGAUGGCAUCCAGGUAGUGGUGAUUGAUGGGAACCGAGGUCAUGUGGUGAGCCAUGGGAGCUUCCGGAAUGCCAUUCUGCAGGGUAUACCUUGGCAGCUCUUCAACUACGUGGCAGCUAUCCCUGACAAUUCCAUCAUUCUUAUGGCAUCGAAGGGCAGAUAUGUCACCAGAGGUCCAUGGACCAAAGUGCUGGAAAAGCUUGGGGCAGACAAAGGUCUCAAGUUGAAAGAAAAAAUGGUAUUUGUCGGCUUCAAAGGCAGCUUUCGACCCACCUGGGUGACUCUGGAGACUGAAGAACACAAGGCCAAAAUCUUCCAAGUGGUUCCCAUCCCUGUGGUGAGGAAAAAGAAGUUAUAAGGACAGUUGCCACUUGUUACCACCCUAGGCUGGACUCCUACAGAAGCCAGGGACAGGAUGGCUGGGUCCUCUGGUUUUCAGCCCCACUGGCCUAAGGGACAGAUAUCAAAGACCUUGGUGCUGCCACCUGCCCCUACUCCAGUCUACCCGCAGCAACCUGGGCAGUGCUGGCUGAUGCUACAACCUCCUCUUGGGUGCUUCUCUCCUGUCUGUGCCUCAUCAGUAGAGGCAUGGGGACCAUACAAAGAGACCUGGGUUGUGCUGGCAUCAAGUGGCUAUUUGGGCAGGAAUCUGAACCCAGAUAGAAAGUAGUCCAGAUGAGGGGACCACUCACCGAUUUUCACAGUCACUUGCAGACACAUGAAGUGGCAGAUGGAGGGAAGGCCAUCUUUACUCCUGUGAGGGCAGGGCUUCUUGGGAGUAGGAGCUGGCAUACAGACAGAGCUGGCCAGGGUGGCAGACUGUGCUGGGGAGGAGAUGGAGUCCUCUGUCUGGAGGGGCUCCCUUUUAGAGAGAAUUCAGCUGGGCACACUGGAGUGGGGGCCCUUCCUGGGAUGGCAGUGUUUUUCUCUGUGCCUAGAAGUAGAAGUAAUCAUUGUAGCUGGCAUCUCCACUAUGAGUGCCCUUGAUACAGGGGAUAGAGAGGUGAGAGCUCACACUCGGGGGCCUUGUGUCAGCAGAUGACAGGCAGCCAGGUCUCGGUACACUCAGAUACAAGGCUGAGAGUCCAGACAGAAGUGACGCAGUUGACCAGUGGUAGCUCAGAGGAGGGGAAGUUCACAUCACCCAGGCACAUGGGGGAAGACUUCUUCUGGGAUGCUGUGGUACUGGCAGGAGUGAAGGACAGAGCUGGUAGCGAGACAUGAGGUGGCCUCUGGCAUGGUUUCCUGCCACUACCUGCGUCUGAGUCACUGCAGGUCACCUUUGGCCUCCACAGCUGACCCACUUGUGAUGGAGAAGCAAGGUUGGCAGAGAAGAAAAAGGGUUGAGCUACGAUGUACAGAACCUAGUGCAGGUUGCUCUCCAGCCAGUCCCCUGUAACUCUGAGAGAGGGUGGAGUGAAGUUCACACAUCUGAGGCUCUAUAAUGGGCCUCUGGUACACUUCAGCCAAGAGCUGAGCAGAAGAUUCUGUGAUAUCUGAGCAUGCUCACACCACAGUGAACCUUCUGUGUUGGAGAUAGAGAGAACCUUGGGGACUCCUCAAGGACCACCUAGUUCAGUGCUUUUCAGCUACAUCUGAGGAGAAUAAGACCGAGAUGGGAAAGAAGCACACAGCCAGAUCCAUGAAGCCCAAUCUCAGCACACACUGCCACAUCACACUGCCUCAACAGCUGGCCCAGGGAGUCCAGUGUAUCUGAAGUAGCUUCUGGAAGGGGGAAUACCCUGUGCAAGGGGAGACAAGGGCCAGAACAGAAUGAUCUUUUGUAAAGGGCUUUUUCAUCUUUCUCCUUAGUGUACACUGCCCACCCUCUUCUAGGUGGCAACCCUGCCACCUUUAUUUUCUUCAUCCUGCCUGCCACACUUGGGCAUGGGCUACUCAUGACUGUGGAACCCUCUUGGUGCUACCUUAUUCCACAGUGGUGCUGGAAUGCCCAAUGGAUAGCGUCAGGAUAUGCCAAUGUGCUUCUGGUGGGCCAAAAUGGCUUUUCAUGAAGAUCUGAGUAUGGUUGGCUCCAACCCAGGGUCUCUCAGCUAGUGUGAACCUUGUCUGAGCAAAUAGCUCAGAUGCCCAGAUGAGUGGACAUCUUAUCGAUGUUCUUCUGAGGUAUCAGGGGUUCCCUGGGGUUCAUGAGUGCCAUGGUUCCUUUCCUCCCCAACCAUAAACUCGUUCAAAGACUUUCUUCAUCCACUCUGCCCAGUGGUGCCAAGGAAACAUAGUCCCAGAGUCCCAGAGUCCAGGCUGAGCCAACUCCCAAGGACUCUUCCCCACUGAAUGGGUCUUCCAGCUAUUGGGAGUUGGGUAUGGGGCCCAACCUCUUAAGACAGGGUUGCUUCAGUGGCCAACAUCAGAGGAAAGACCUCUUCUGGGGAGAUGAGUGGGAGGGAGGAGGGGAUAAAAGUGACCUCAUAUUUUUCUUGUCUAAGUUUCAUUGAAUUUUCAAUGCUAGGGUCUCACACUGUGACUGGCUUAAGAUGCGAUGAUCACAUUUAGGUGGCCGUGAAUGUUGAAUGUCUCUGGCUCAGUUCAUUUCAGCAAAUACCUAUGGAAAAAGUUCUCCAGGUUGUACAUAUGCUGAAUGGUACAGGGUUCUAUACAGAAAGCCUUCUUUACUAAACCAUCCACCAAGCAUCCAUGUCCAGGCAUUUUCUUGGUAGCACAAUUGUCUUUCUUGCUUAGAAAGUUGCUCUUGUCCUUUCUGUUGGUCAGCAAUGCCAUUGAGUCAGGAGCCUUUGAUUGAAAGGUUCCUAAAGGGAUCCUCUUCUUCCUGUUGGCUAAAUAGCUGGUCCUUCCUCGGGAAUUGGGUGCAUGGCAUGUUUUGUCUGUAAAUGUUUCUUGUAGGUGUCACCAUGAACAAAGGUAUAUUUUCUAUUUAUUUAUUAUAUAUGCACUUCAAGAAGUCACUGUCAGAGGAGUGAAGAGUCCUCUUAAGUAUUCUGUUAGAGGAUGUCCUUUAGAGCCCUGGGGAAGGGGUGUGCCCAGAGCCAAAGACACCAGCUCUGGUUUGGAAAAAUCCUGCUGUACCAUAUUAAACAUACAAAGGAUGUCAUUGUCUCGUCUG